AUGGAUGAGGGGACGAGAUGAAGGAGAGGAUCGAAACCCAAACAGGAGGAGAAGAUACUUCAACCCGUCUCCUAGACAACGGAACAGAACCCAGACGGAUCGGAUUCAAUCUGAUGAUACAGAUUUUCUACAAAAGCAUCUUGGGCAAGAAGAAACUUUGGUCGCAGACUCACUGAGGAGACACUGGACCAAACCCAAGCAGUGAUUGUUGCUAAGAUGGCGGACUUGAGAUCAACAGAUGAGGCACCGCAACAACCUGCUCUGAGGACCAGACGAGAACGGGAGACACAAAUCACAGGUGAAUCUUCCACAUUAUUAAGCAGGAGAACAUCCACCUCAGAGCCAACCAGAGAACCACAAGGGAGCAGAGGUUCAACCAGAGGAGGGUCUGACACCAGAGGACUGACUGAAAGGAAUCUUUCUGACCAACGGAGGACGAUGACUACAUCCCCCCUGGAAGGACCAUCGAGAGCACGCAUUCCCAUCGCAAAUCAGAGGUCAGUCACAGCUGAAGUUCAUGCUCCACCUCCUCCUCAACGCACACCUCUCAAAACGGUUGCCACGAUGACUGAACCACAACUGAAUAAAGAGUGGUCGGCCAUCUUUAAUGAAGACGACGGUGGGGACAGCUUCUGUUCAGAGUCAGAACUUGAGUAUCCUCAGGAGACCCAACAGGAACCUUUGGAACAGAGAGAGGUGAGAAGUUCACGACCGACCGGACAGCAACAAGGAAAUGCAGGCGGAGAGCCAGAAGCUCCUUCAAGGAAUCUUCAACCUCCGUCGGCUCCCUCUCCCUCUCUUCGAUCUCCACCUUCUGCCCUUUUACGAACAGCCCAAUCUGAUCCAUCUCUGGAUAGAAAGAACCAGAUAAUUAGAGAUGAACCAGGGGAAUUUAGCUUGAGACCACUACAAGGUGAGAGUGAGAGAUCCCUGGAUCCAGCGGCCACUCACCGUGUUAGCUUGACCCCCAUUGACAUUUCUAGGUUGAGAUCUAGCGUCCAAACACAUCUGCAGGUGGAGGCGACGGAGGAAGAACCUUCUACAUCACCUUCCUCGCCAGAGGUCCAAAUCUGCACACACGAAAACAUCCAAAUACACCUAGAAAACAUCAGGGCUGGAAUCUCCACAUUAAACAGAAAUCUGUGA